AUGGCCUGGAAGAGGGGUCUGUGGCCAGACCCGGGGCUUCUGGUGGAGUCACUGAAGUCCUCCAGCAAGCACGUGGUGUUUGGGGAACGGCUGCGAAGACGACGCAGCCGCCUGUGGGGCAGGAGGCCUGCUCAGGUAGCCUUCCUCCAGGGAGAAAGGAAAGGGCAAGAGAACCUCAAGACAGACCUGGUGCGACGGAUCAAGAUGUUGGAGUAUGCCCUGAAGCAGGAAAGGGCCAAGUAUCACAAGUUGAAGUUCGGGACAGACCUGAACCAGGGGGAGAAGAAGCCAGAACUGGCAGAACAAGUUUCCAAUGGCCCCAUGGAGUCGGUCACCCUGGAGAACAGCCCCCUGGUGUGGAAGGAGGGGCGCCAGCUUCUCCGACAGUACCUGGAGGAGGUGGGCUAUACGGACACCAUCCUGGACAUGCGGUCCAAACGCGUGCGGUCCCUACUAGGUCGCUCGUUGGAGCUCAACGGGGCCGUGGAGCCCAGCGAAGGUGGCUCCAGGGCCACGCCAGGCCCCGGGGGGCUCAGCGGGGGUGAGUCGCUGCUGGUGAAACAGAUCGAAGAGCAGAUCAAAAGGAACGCGGCAGGCAAAGAUGGCCAAGAGCGCCUGAGCGGCUCGGUGCUGGAGCAGAUCCCCUUCCUGCAGAGCUGUGAGGACGAGGACAGUGACGAGGACGACGAGUUGGACAGUGUGCAGCACAAGAAACAGCGGGUGAAGCUGCCCUCCAAGGCCCUGGUGCCUGAAAUGGAGGACGAGGACGAGGAGGAUGACUCUGAAGAUGCCAUCAACGAGUUCGAUUUCUUGGGCUCGGGAGAGGAUGGGGAGGGCUCUCCGGACCCUCGACGAUGUGCCGCAGAGGGGACCCACCACGAGUUGGAAAGCCGGCGGGUCAAACUCCAGGGAAUUUUGGCCGACCUUCGGGAUGUGGAUGGGCUGCCCCCUAAAGUGACGGGUCCCCCUCCUGGCACACCCCAGCCCCGGCCACACGAAGGUUCCUUUGGCUUCUCCUCAGACGUUUUCAUCAUGGACACUAUCGGGGGCGGGGAGGUGAGCCUGGGGGACUUGGCAGAUCUCACCGUCACCAACGACAACGACCUCAGCUGUGAUCUCUCUGACAGCAAAGAUGCCUUUAAGAAGACGUGGAACCCCAAGUUCACCCUGCGCUCACACUACGACGGCGUGCGCUCCCUGGCUUUCCACCACAGCCAGGCCGCCCUGCUCACCGCCUCUGAGGACGGCACGCUCAAGCUCUGGAACCUGCAGAAAGCUGUCACGGCCAAGAAGAACGCCGCGCUGGAUGUGGAGCCGCUGGGUGAAUGGGCGGCUAAGCCGGGCAGCCUGGCUCUCAGCAGGGGUAGGUGCCCUGGAGCUGUCUGGGGUGGGUCCGCUGGCCCUGACCUAGCUUGUUUCCUUCCUCCGCUGGGUCUAGACCCGAGUGUGCUGAGCCACGUGCUGGAGGGCCACGGGGACGCUGUAUGGGGCCUAGCCUUCAGCCCCACCUCCCAGCGCCUGGCCUCCUGCUCUGCUGACGGCACCAUCCGCAUCUGGGACCCGAGCAGCAGCAGCCCAACCUGCCUCUGUACCUUUCUCACAGCCAGCGAUCAUGGGAUCCCCACCUCAGUGGCCUUCACCAGCACCGAGCCCGCCCACAUCGUGGCCUCCUUCCGCUCUGGCGACACCGUCUUGUACGACCUGGAGGCUGGCAGUGCCCUCCUCUCGUUGGAAUCCCGGGGGAACAGUGGCCCAACCCAGAUCAACCAGGUGGUGAGUCACCCAAACCAGCCCCUCACCAUCACCGCCCACGACGACAGAGGCAUCCGCUUCCUGGACAGCCGGACAGGGAAAUCCGUGCACUCUAUGGUUGCCCACCUGGACGCGGUCACCUGCCUAGCCGUGGACCCCAACGGCGUGUUCCUGAUGUCGGGAAAAUUCGGGCCGUCUCUGAAGGCGGCUCUUGCCCCAGGGCCCGGCCCUGUCCGCUCCACCCUCUCUGGCCUCCUCUCCAUGCUCCUGCUCAGGCUGCUGCAGCCGUACCCGCCUCCUGCCCGUCCCCUGGCCACCCCUGCUGUUCCUCCGCAUACCCCCGUGGCCCUUCUGUCAUCACGGUGA